GAUUAUUUGCACUUCGGGGGAGUUUUACACUUGGGGGUGGUUGCACUUUUCAGGGGCUGAUACUAUGUAUAUCUAUGAUUCCGCAGUACUUUGUGACCUGAACCCUUUCUGUGCUUCUCACUCACCACUUCGUCAUCUUCAUCCCACCUAGCUUGUGUGCCACGGAUACCUCUUCACCGAGUACCACUGCUUCGACUCUGCCUCUAUCAAAACAUUACAUCUUACUCGCAGCCUACCUACUAUCAGCUUGGUAAGACUCUACUCGGAUCAUCAACAUAUCGAGAUAUCUUCCCUCCUUCCUUCUUCGAGCGAGACCUCAGGAUCUUGGGACCCGGCCACCACUGAUAAGUCAGACGAUUUCCCCAUUUGGCAACUACACACCUCACACUACGUGCUCCACUACUCUGUGUUCGACGAGAAACACCCAAAAGCGAAGUAUAUACAGUAGCGAACGGCACCCAGUUUGCCGGAAUAUUCCCUUUAUUUGCCUUCGUAGAGCUCGACAACACUCGCCAUAAACAAAACUCACGCCGCAACCUUGAAAAUCGCAGGAGUCCGAAAAUGGCACCUUCAUCUGCCUGGAGCCAGAUCCUUCCCCUCAUACUCACAUUAGUCGUAGUGGCCGGCAUCAGUUUCGUUGUCUAUCAAGUUUACCUCUCAGCUCUCCAGUUCCGCGACUACACGGCUCAGCGCAUGGAACGCAAGAACCUUGCUUUUUCCAAAGACGGCGGUCUGCGCCUAAGUGUCAAGGACGUCAGCGACGAAACCUACCUGGACCAGACGCAAAGCUGGUUUGUAAAGGCGUGGGAGCUAGGUGUGGAGGAGGAGAACGCGAACAAAAAGAGAAAGAAGGGAACGUUCAGAAAGGCGGCUUAGAAUGUCGCUGAGGGAUGGGUAGCUGGGGUGUUUAGUGGGGUGGAUGUAAAGCCCAACGAGAAAGGAGACAAGAAAGAGAUGUAAUGGGCAAAGAGUGCCAGUAUGUGAGAGAGCAGACAAGCAGUACUAUGCUCAGGCUGGAUGACUCGAAGAAGCAUGCCACUGGUCCCGAGGGUAGGUGGGUGCUUGUCGAAUCUACGCUCGAGUCUGCUUCUGGAUGGGCUAUUAUGUUACCUUGGUAGCUAUUCUCAAGCACCUGACCGUGCAACGAACAAAUGCAUCAUGCACUACCCAUCAGAUUGUCAGAUAUUCAUGUCCACUGCCAUCAAAGAGUUAGGCCCCUUGACACUGUUGUCUCGCUCAAUAACGCUUGUUCAGCCUUGAUAUCUCCAGUUAUCGUUGCCUCGCCAGCCAUCAGUCCAACAAAUACUUCGAGAGCUACCUAUCAUACCGGCACAUCCUG